AAUACAAGAUCUUUGAUUACGGAGAUCACGUUAAUGACGUAAUGCAUGUGUGCAUGUUACGCGCCAGUUGAAUAAAGAUGGACACUCGGAAUGUCACAAGUAGUCCGCUUCAUCUGUUUAUGUAGACACUUAUAUGUCCAUAGAACAGAAUAUUACAUGGUGUCAGAAUUAGUUCAGUUAUCAUCGACCUGACGACGGAAGAUGGAGAACACAGGCGUUCCAACACCACGAAUGGACUGGGACUCGUCUAAUCUGCCGGACGCAUGGAGAAAAUUGCGUGAAAAACUGCUAUGUCACGGUCCAGACUUGACGCUAGAGAAAGCCAUUGACAUUGCACGUUCACAUGAGCUAUCACAGCAGCAGCUAAAGACAAUGCUAACCCCCGCUGCUAGCCACGACAGUCGCUCUGCUCACGCAGUUAGCAGAAAACCUUUUAGAGCAGACCAAGCAUCCCGUGGGCACAAGACGACAUGGAAUGAUCGUAACAGCGCCGUGAGGAGCAAGGAAUGUGGAGCAUGCGGGAGGGAGCACAGUCGCACUGAGGAAUGUCCAGCAAAGGGUCGCCAAUGCAGCAAAUGCAAUAAACCCAACCACUUUGCUAAAGUGUGUAGGUCACAAACACAGCAGCCACAGACGAGAUAUAAUCCCAGAAAAUUGCAUACCAUCUCAAACAGUGCCGAACAGUCACUAGAAGAACCAGAACUCUAUAUUGAUGCUAUCAUAAAAGAGCAUGAAAACACAGAUAGAGAACAGGCAUAUGCAGAAGUAGAAAUAGGAAAAGCGAGGCACAAACUGAAGUUUAAAAUGGACACUGGUGCUCAGACUAGUAUUAUACCAGCAGACACAUUCCGCGAGAUAUAUGGAAGUGUAAUACUAGGCCCCCCAUCAAGCAAACUCUCAGAUUAUGGUGGGCACAGGAUAAAAGCAGAAGGAACAUGUAGACUGACAUGUAAACACGGUGAGAAAACAGCCAUGAUAGGUUUUGACAUAGUCCAUACAAAUGCUCCACCUCUGUUAGGCUUAAGAGCAUGUCUAGAUUUAAACCUAGUCAAAAUGAUACAUGUAGUUGAUGCAAAGCCGAUAACACACACAACCAUGAUGGAAGAGUUUGCUGAUGUGUUUGAAGGCAUCGGACUGUUUCCUGGAGAAUGCAGUUUCCAACUCAAACCCUCUGUACCACCAGUGGUAUGUCCACCUCGUCGCAUCCCAUAUGCUCUGCGUGACCGGCUCAAGAAUGAGUUGGACGACAUGGAAAAACUGGACGUUAUCCAAAAAGUCACAGAGCCAACUGAAUGGGUUAAUGCACUAGUAGUGUUGGAAAAGCCGAAAACAAAUAGGCUGAGAAUAUGCCUAGACCCCCGCGCCCUGAACAAAGCCAUCCAAAGACCCCACUAUCCACUCCCUACUCUAGAUGACGUCACACCAAAACUGGCUGGAGCACAGUAUUUCAGUGUACUAGACGCCAGAUCUGGAUACUGGAAUAUAAAACUCACACACGACUCAUCUAUGCUAACCACGUUCAACACGAUCUACGGCAGGUACCGUUUCAAGAGACUGCCUUUUGGAAUCAUAUCUGCACAGGAUGAGUUCCAGAGGAGAGUGGAUGAGGCCUAUGAGGGGCUUCCAGGCGUUGCCGCCAUCGUAGAUGACAUCAUAGUCUACGGCCGCACCAAAGAGGAGCACGACGCUAGCCUGCGUGCCAUGCUGGAGAGAACCAGAGAAAAAGGCAUAAAGCUGAAUCAGGACAAGUGCAAAAUCUGUGUGCCUGAGGUAAGCUAUUUUGGGCACAAGCUGACACGAGAAGGCAUCCGCCCUGACCCGAACAAGAUUAAGGCCAUCAAAGAAAUGCCUAACCCACAAAGUAAGGCAGAGUUGGAGACCAUACUGGGCAUGGUCACUUACCUUUCCAGGUUCGCCCCGAGAAUGUCAGAGGCAACAGCUCCACUCCGGCAACUGAUAAAGGAAAACAGUGAGUUUGUGUGGGACUCAAAUCAUGAUGCAGCCUUCCAACGAGUAAAAGACAUCCUAACACAGGAGCCUGGCCCAGUACUCACCUACUUCGAUCACACAAAGGAUAUGAAGUUACAAGUCGAUGCUUCCAAACACGGCUUAGGAGCUGUCCUGCUCCAGGAAGAGAAACCAGUCGCAUACGCAUCAAAGACACUGACUGAAACUGAAGAGAACUAUGCUCAAAUCGAAAAGGAGCUAUACGCAGUGCUCUUUGGAUGUAGGCGGUUUCAUCAAUACCUGUAUGGACGACAGGUGAUCGUCGAGUCAGAUCAUAAGCCACUUGAGUCAAUCAUGCGUAAGCCCUUAGCAGCUGCACCACCGCGUCUGCAACGCAUGAUACUGCAGCUACAGAGAUAUGACAUCACUAUCGAGCACAAACCAGGAAAACAAAUCCCCGUCGCAGACACUCUGUCCAGAAAGCCACUUGAGUGUUACGACCGCUCCAUGAGUGAGGGCAUGGACUACCAAAUACACACUGUGAUCAGCAACGCUCCGGUAAGCGACCGCAAAAUGGCAGAGAUCAGAGCCGCUACAGCCAAAGAUGAGCAGCUCUCAGUGCUGAGACAGGUGAUCCAAGCAGGGUGGCCCGAGAAAAACAAAAAAUGUCCACCUGCAGUCUCAGAGUAUUGGAAUCAUAGGGAUGAGAUAUCAGAGACAGAUGGCAUCCUACUGAAAGGAGAGAAAAUCAUCGUGCCGCACUCACUCAGGGCUGAAAUGCUUUCACGCAUUCACACUGGACACUUAGGGAUGGAAAAGUGCAAACAACGUGCAAGAGAUGUGCUGUUCUGGCCAAGGAUGGGUAAGCAGAUAGAGACAUUAGUAGGGACCUGCAGUACCUGCCUUGAGCGACGCAGCUCACUCCCAAAAGAGCCUAUGAUGUCACACCCAAUCCCAGAACAACCUUGGCAAGUAAUAGCCACUGAUCUGUUCACAUGGAACAGUACUGACUAUGUAGUUGUAGUUGACUAUUAUAGUAGGUUCUUUGAGGUAGAAAAAAUCACCAGCCUCACCUCCUCAGUAGUCAUCCAAAAGCUGAAGGCCAUGUUCGCUCGAUUUGGAAUACCGCAGACACUAGUCAGCGAUAAUGGACCUUGCUACAGUUCACAAGAGUUUAAAACUGUUGCUCAUGCAUGGGACUUCAAGCAUGUCACAAGCAGUCCUCUGUAUCCACAGAGCAACGGGCUAGCAGAAAAAACAGUUCAGACUGCCAAAGCUCUCAUGGACAAAGCACACGCUCAGAGAACUGACCUGUACCUCAGCUUGUUGGAGUAUAGAAACACACCAGUGGAUGGUUUGAAAUCGCCAGCGCAGCUACUCAUGAGCAAGCGUCUGCGUUCCAUCCUUCCCACCACUGAAAAGCAUCUACAACCAGAGCUUGCCUGUCACAGCACCGUUCACAGCAGGAGAAAACAGUGUCAAACACGACAAAAACAAUAUUAUGACAGGAAUGCCAGAUCACUGCCUGCACUACCAGUGGGAGCCACGAUCCGCUUCCAGCUUCCAACAGGGACAUGGAAACCUGCAACAGUAGUCGAGCCAGCAGGUACCCAGAGAUCCUACAACAUCUGCACGGACGGAGGUCACAAGUUUCGGCGCAACAGGCGUCACCUUCUACAAACGUGUGAGAGUGACACAGAUCAGGAGACUCCAUCAGAUGAGCAGUUGGAGCCUGAGAACACUGAGACUUUGCAGCAGGACACUGAGAAACAAACAGGCCCCAGAGAGCAAUCACACAUUGUUUACAAUAAAAUCACAAGAUCAGGCCGCAUAGUGAAGCCAAGAGAUGUGUUAGACCUAUGA